AUGUCAAAAAUGCCAGGUAUACUUAAAAUUAUUAAUAAUAACAGACUUUCAUCAAUUGCUAAUGUCACGAGAAGUUAUAAGAAAAGGAGCCUUAGUUUUAUUAAUAAUUCAUUAAAAUUUGCUGCAAGCAAUGAUAUUAGUGGAAAAAGAUGUUUUGUAAAUAAUCCAGUUGUUGAACUUGAUGGAGAUGAGAUGACUAGAAUAAUUUGGACUAAAAUAAAGGAUAAACUGAUUUUACCUUAUCUUAAUAUCGAAAUUAAAUAUUUUGAUUUGGGCAUGGAAAAUCGUGAUACAACAAAUGAUAGAGUCACAAUAGAGGCAGCAGAAGCGAUCAAGAAACACAAUGUUGGUAUUAAAUGUGCAACUAUUACACCUGAUGAACAAAGAGUCAAAGAAUUUAACUUAAAAAAAAUGUGGAAAUCUCCAAAUGGAACAAUUCGUAAUAUCUUGAAUGGUGUUGUUUUUCGUGAACCAAUCUUAUUGAAAAAAAUCCCACGUAUUGUAUCCACUUGGACUAAACCAAUUAUUAUUGGAAGACAUGCAUUUGGAGACCAAUACAAAGCUACAGAUCUUGUUAUUGAUAAACCUGGUAAAGUUUUAUUGAAAUUCUUGCCUGAUGAUAAUGACUCCCCAGUUGAAGAAACUGUUUAUGAAUUUAAGGGCCCUGGUGUAACAAUGGCAAUGUAUAAUACUGAUGAGUCUAUCACAGGUUUUGCUGAGAGCAGUUUUAAGAUGGCAUUAAGCAAAAACAUGCCAUUGUAUCUUAGUACCAAAAAUACUAUUUUAAAAAAAUAUGAUGGCAGAUUUAAAGACAUUUUUGAAGGAAUUUAUGAAAGUAAAUAUAAAAAUGAAUUUAAAGCUCAAAAUAUUUGGUAUGAACAUAGACUUAUUGAUGAUAUGGUAGCUCAAGCACUAAAAUCUGAUGGAGGAUUCGUCUGGGCAUGUAAAAAUUAUGAUGGGCAAUCAGAUAUUUUAGCUCAAGGAACUGUAACAAGACACUAUCGUUUACACCAAAAGGGUGAAGAAACUUCAACAAAUCCAAUUGCUUCAAUUUUUGCUUGGACAAGAGGGUUGGCUCACAGAGCUAGGCUAGAUGGAAAUGAUAAAUUAUUAAAAUUUUCCACGGAUCUUGAACAAGCUUGUAUUGACACUGUUGAUGUUCAUGGUAAAAUGACUAAAGAUUUAGCAUUAUCAAUUCAUGGAAAAAAAGAACAUUAUGUCAACACUGAUGAAUUUUUGGUUGCUGUUAGUGACACUUUGAAAAAAAUUGUUAAUACUUAA